UCGCUGUAUCGUGACUUGCUCUUCCACAACUCCACACCACUUACAGGCGAUGCCAGUGACGCGAAUCCGCUCCAGUUCUCUUGUUCGCUCAAAGAGAAUCCGUUGAUCUUUUCUCGCUUGCGCCAUUCUUCUCUGGUGUUUGCUGUCGUAGCAAUUUUCGACUCCUCGGCGGUGCAUUACAACAUGCAUCAGCAAUAGCCCGCAACCACAUCUCCACCGCUACGUAGGGACUUUGAAGCAUAGAAUUCUUCACAACGCGACCUCUUCCUAUUCGGAAUGGCUUCAAGUAUUCUCGACGAGCUAAUGGGCUCGAUACAAAAGACGUGGGCCGAUGUCGGCUUCACCCUCACCCCACUCUCAAUUCUCAUCACCCUCCUAGCCACUCUCCUCCCAUUCCUCCUCCUCUUCCUACUAGCCCUCACACAGCGCGAGGAUCCUCCUCUACCACCGGUCGGCUGCCACAAGCUCGGACUCGAGGGUCCCAGCAACCUCUCGGACCAGUACUCGAGGAAAUACGCCCAAGGAGGGGAGCCAUCACCCUCUAAUUGCUGGACCGUAAAGGCAAUCUUUAUCUACCCAGUCAAGAGCUGCGCGCCCGUUGAACUUGGCAAAGCUGAAGUCAUCCGUACGGGACUGCGAUAUGACAGGCAAUUUACAUUUGGACAAUAUGUCACGGGUUUGCCGUCUCUGGAGGGCAAGGUAUCCAGCGAAUGGAACUGCAUCACGCAGCGCACAUUCCCACGGCUAGCGAAAGUCGAAACGGAGAUAUGGGUCCCGGAUCCUGCAGCACCAGGAUAUGACGAAGAAGGAGAGUGGGUGAAGAGCGAGGGCUGUCUUGUUGUCCGCUUCCCCUUCACACCAGACACGGACUUUAGCCUAGAAGGACUAAAGAAUUAUGGAAAGCUACUGGCGGCGAAGUUGAGUGGGAAAAGCGAGCCGAUGGUGGAGUUCAAAGUGCCGUUCAACCCGACGAAAGACAGGAUCAAGAAGAUGAAAUAUAGGAGCGAGGAGAUGAAGAUAUGGAAAGACACUCCAAUGGCGCUGAAUUUGGGAUCCGAGGUACCGGAAGAAGUUAUGGCCAAGCUCAGGUACACGCUCGGGGUUACAAAUCCCCUAACACUCUUCCGGAUCGACACGUCGAGGUAUAGGAAAGUCUUGAAGUGCGCUCCAAAGAAAAAGGAUGUGGGCUUUCAAACCAUCAUUGGAAUGCAGGACUCUUACCCCAUGCACAUCAUGAACCUGGCAAGCGUGCACAAUGUUUCCGCCCGCCUUCCCCGCCGCCGUCCCCUCAAUGCCCUCCGCUACCGCGCAAACCUCUACAUUACCGGUCCACCCGCCUUCAACGAAGACGACUGGUCCCGCGCCCGCAUCGGCUCGGGAACCUACCACAUCUCCUGCCGCACCACGCGGUGCAAGCUGCCGAAUGUAGAUCCCGAGACUGGGAUCGCGGAUCGGAAUGAACCGGGAACCACGAUGCUGAAGUACAGGGUCAUUGAUAAGGGGAGUAAGAGUGCGUGCCUGGGGAUGCAGGUGAGCCCUCUUGAGGAUGAGGCGGAGGUGACUGUGGGAGAUGCAGUCGAGGUGCUAGAGAGAGGUGAGCAUUUCUUUUUGAAGGAGUGAUCGAGGAAACGAGAAGGCAAGGCGAUAUAUAGCCCAAAACACGCUUUUGAUUUCGAUACGACAUAUGAGGCGCCGCCAAGGCACACGCAUAGAGCCU